AUGAAGCUCCUUUUUCCUAUCUUUGCCAGCCUCAUGCUACGGUACCAGGUGAACACAGAGUACUUUGGCUUGAGAAGAUGUUUAAUGGGUUUUGGGAGAUGCAAAGACUACUGUGCCGUGGGUGAAACGGAGAUACAGAAAUGCAAGAAGAGGAAAUGUUGCAUUGGACAGAAAGUGGUUCAAAUGAUAAAAAACUACAUGCAAAAUGAAAUGUCCCACACACUUGAAGGGAACUCCCAAGAACACCUACAAGUUACCAAGAAUUCUGAUGCUUUGAUACAAACAAAAUACCAAAUUUUAUCUCUUCUCCCCAGAACCAAAAGCAUCAGCCCUUUUGCCAACGUCCACCCCCUCCUCAUCCCAAAUGCCACCACUGUAAACUCAGCCAUCACCAACCCUACGACCUCAUGCAAGAUCACAUACACUCCAAUUUCUGCCAAGAACGACACCACAGAAAGCAGAGAUUCGGCCAGUGACUCCUCACCACCAGCACCCCCGCCAUAGACACUCUCAACACCAUGACUGGAGCCGGAGGAAGCAGAUGAGCAGAGGAGUCUUUCCCUUAAAACACCAGGUUCCUCUCCAUCUUUGCUGGCUGUAAAAUGAAACAUAGGACUGUUUCCUCAGUCAUUAGUCAUUCAAUAAAUACCGUUCAAUCACCUACAGUUUACAUAAUGUUAUCGUUC